GGAACCUGAAACACAAGACGGAACACGAGCAAUCAAAGAGACGACGAAGACGCGGCAGUCAAUUUAACCACUUCCAACAGAUGACGACGACGGUGAAUCACUCACAGAGAUUUCACAACGGAGCAGAUUGCGCGCACGAAGCACAAGCAGCGCCCGGUUGUCGACGGAGACGAAGUCUGUUGCCCGUUGAAGUGCUUUUAGAUUAAGUUUCUUCUCCUUUCUCUUUUUCUUCACAUUUCCAUCCCGAUCCGGUCCGGUGUUGUAGCAGCUUCAUUGUUCCGGAUGAUUCACCCGCACCCGCACCAGCAUUCCAAGGAGUGACAAAUAACCAAGGAAAUCGAUUGUGAUAGGAAAAAAACGGGGAGUUUUCAACGCAGCUCAGAGCAACGGGUAGAAGCACUGCUGGUUACUGUUUUUAUUGCUCUUUAAAUGUUACGUUUUUACGAAUCGUUAAGUAAGUGCUCGAAAUCGAACGGCGGGAGAAUGGUCAAUUGAGAUCGUUCCGCCCCAUUCCCCCACAAAACGACCUUCCACGUGGGUAAUGGCAAAGUCCUUCUCCAGCUGGUAAUCAAAUUACCGGCCCGGGUCGCUUUCUGAAAGUGACCCACCUGAACCGCGCGCGCCACACAAUCUCCCAAGGAAAUCUAGUGCUUUAGUACCUUCUAGUAUCUAAUACCCAAUUAUACACAACCUGUUGUUACUCACGGUUUUAAAACGAUGAAACAAUGCAGCUGGUGCGAGGAUGUGGACCAUCAACAGCCUCAGUCAACCGCAGCCACAGCAUCAGAUCUGCCGAGCAGCGUCAAGAAAGUCGACGGUAGUAGCCCCAGCAGUAGUCCCAUCAAAGGUGAAAGUAAGCACAGCACUGGUGGUAAAUGUCCGCACCACCAUCACCUGCACCAUCCUCCUGCGAUAGCGAUUGAUACGGCAAACCUUCUACCUCCACGAACUGGUCCAAACGUUUCUGUUGCCGCCACCACCGCUGCAGGUGGUGUAGUCGCGGAUCAAAAGAUCAAACUCGGUGUGGUAGCUGCUGCUCCUAGUGGUUCAGUAGCAGCCGGAGCUGCAGUAGUUAAUCCCACUAGAGUUGGUGCCGCCGGUCCCGUUCCGGGUGCAGGUGUUGACUCGUUGACGGCGUUCAAUUUGCUUCCGGCACACUUCAGAGACAUGUUCCUCGCUGCCCAUCUGUUAAGAGGCUACUAUCAACCGGCUGGUCCGCUGAUAUCUCCACACCUGCUGGCCCAGGCGCCACCCAGUUCGUCCUCGCAGCACAGCGCCAGCAGUAGCACCAUCACCAAACAGCCACCGGAGUCCGACUCGCCGGUUCAGUCGCUGCCCCAACCGCCGUCCUCGUCGACCGCGGACAGUACCGACAGCGAUGUCCUGCUAACAGCUGGCGAUUUGUCGUCCCGAUCGCAGUCUUACGGUCGUUACGGUCCGUCCGGUCCACCGAACCUGUAUCCCCGUCCGGUCCAGAUGCACUGUCCACCGCCGCACCUGGCGCCCAACUACUACGCGGCACCACCCUACAGCCAGUACCCUCCGGAGAUGUACUACGCCCACGCGUACCCGCCGGCACACUUCUAUCCCAAGUUUGCCCAGUACUACCCGACGAGCCGCCGGUACUACCCGGGUCAUCCCGGCCCUGGUGAACACCUGUACGAACAACCGCCGCCUACCACGAGUGGCCCCGUGCCGCCGCCAUCCGGUGCCCAGCUGAUCCCGGCCGGACCGCAAGGACCUCAGCAUCUGGAGCACUACCCCGGACCGCCACCGUAUCCCUACCCGGGGUACGGCAGCCCUGGUCCGGGGCCCGGUGGGCAGUGUUACUCCCGUAACCUGCAACCUCCACCGUAUAUGGAUGCUCACUACACGACCAAUUGCCCCUGUCCGAUGCAGUCGUGUCCAAAAAACGUCAAUGCUGGGUCCCUUAUUGGUAUCAAGGCCAGUAAGGGCCCAGUAGCCAGCACAACAACCCAAAACAGCCAUCAUAUCGCAGGUGCCGCAGGACUCCAUCCUGCAGUGCCGCAACCAACCACAGUCAACAACAUCCACGAACCGAUCUUGAUCUCCUCCGGUUCGUCUACGUCUUCUUCGCCGGCUCCGCUGGAUCUACACUCUCCUCCCAUUGUACACCCAGCCGAAGUAGCGACGUCGAUAUCGCAUUCUACCCCCACCACUACAGUAGCGGCCAGUGCUCAUUCCUUCGCCAUGACCUCCACUACAACCUCCGCCACGACAACCACCAGUUCCGUAACCCCAACCGAAGCGCAUCAACCCAAUCCGGAAAGUGACCUUCACUCGUACAUGUACUACCCCAGCCACCCCUACUACCACCACCACCAUCACCGUCCAUCGGCACCUCCGCCGACGCAUCCUCUUCAUCGACUCAGCACAGCCUCGAACCCUCUUCUCACCGAAGUCAAGGAAGAACCCUCCACUCCCACUCUCGAAUCUGAAUCCAAAUCGAUCAGCAACAUUCCGAAGCUACUCCCGCUGACGACCACGGCAGCCGCCGUCACCAUGAUCAAACAGGAGCUUCCCGAAAUCAAACAGGAACCCCCGACGUCCUGCAAGAAAGAGGACUUUGAGGAGAACGGACCCGCCAUGACGCCGGACCUUCUCCUCGACGAGGCACUAAUCAAAAAAGAAGGCAUGGUCUCCGAGCUACUGCUGCCGACCGACCGAGGCUUCAAGGAAGCCCACAAACUCGACGACAAAAGUCUCCUAUCAGAUAUUCUAACCGCGGAAGCUAAUCUAAAAACGAGUAAGACUACCGGUAGUGAUAGUUGUACCAUCAACAACAGCAACAACAAUAGUGUUAGUAACAACAACAGUAGUAUUAGUAACGAAAAAGUACAAUUAGUCGAUAGUGUCCAACCUGAAAUUCCGGCCUCGACGGUCAAGCGAAGACCGCUGCUGGUCGCCUGCAAAAAGUCCACGCCGAAGAAGUCACCACCCAAUAGCUAUAAGAAUCUGAUCAAACGUACAAAUCUGGGCGACGAGAGUACCAUCACAGUUCUCAGCGACGACGAGGAGGAAGAAGAAGACGACGAGGAAGAACAAGCCACUAAGAACAAACCUCGACGCAAACUACUGUUGUCCAAGCCACGGAAGGUCCUGAAGCGAACGCGAAGGAUCUUCGGCGCCGAACAGCAGCGCCAUUUGAAGAAGAUCAACAAAAAACUGUUCAAAACCAAACGCAUUCGCAGGGUCCUCCAUAGGCCUUCCUGUAUUCCAAGAGAUCCACAGCUGCCGGAGUCUGUCCAACAACAACCGUUGGAAACCAUCACUAUUCCAGAAGAUCCCAAAGAAGAUGCGGAGAUUCAGGCGAAUCCCGUCACUGAUCACCCACAGCCAGAACCACAACCAGAGCGACCCCGGCCCAUGUCGAACGUGGACCUCACGAUCGACCUGGUCGCCAAGGGCUACUUCUCCGAGCCGGAAAUAAUGUCCACUGAAUCCGCAGCCAAAUCCCGCAUGCUCAAGAAGCUCAAACAGCAAGAAGGCCGCUCCCAGUCGGAGCAGAACCGCGGCAAACGAGACCGAAGCUCCGAAGGCAAGACGCGACCCUCAUCCAAGAAGCCCAAGAAACUAGACUCCCAGGAGGCAGACUUUGACAAGCGCAAGAGCAAAAGUAAGCCCAAGAAGAUGGAGUCCGCCCCUGAACUCCCCACCAGCAAAGAACCCAAGAAGGCUUCCAAAACGAAGUCACUACCGGCUCAGGAGCCGAAAGAGAAGAAACCUAAGAAGGAACCCAGCAAAAAGAAAUCGGACGCCAAAGCUUCGAAGGACAGUGGGAAGAAACGUGCUACCUCAACGCCCUUACCGCCGCCGCCACCACAGCAAUCGCCAGUGGAAGUGCCCGAACCGCAACCUCUUCCGGAGGACCAUCCGCAACCCAUCGCGACUCCGCUGGAUGUGAGCGCGAUGGGUGCCGAAUCGACGGUGGACGAUCGUGAGACGGACUUUGACGACGCUACCACGAUGCUGGUGGACGACGACAUGAUGAGCGUGGACACCAACACGAUGAUCAACCGGCACAACAAUAACAACAACAGCGCCGUUGAGAACAAGAACGCACUGGGGGGAGGGGUGGCCGGCGAUCCAGCUGAAGAGGAAGAUCCACUCGCGGCGACAGCAGGAACAUCAACCGCGGCGGUUGAAGCACCAGCGACUGCCGAAAGUCGCGCACGAACGCACGAUCAUGCUGACGAAGACGAGGACGAUGAAGACGACGAGGAGGAGAUCAUGCUUGCCAAGAGAUUUGCCAAAAAGGGUGGCAGUGGGCUCAAGCGGACGUCCCGCUCCCGGUCCAAGUCCAAGUCGCGGAAGUUCAGCACCAAGAAGCGGCACCGCGUCCGGAUGACGGCCGCCGAAGUCGAGGAGGUGAUCGUGCCAAGGAAGUGCACCGGCGCGCCGCGCUGGAGCAACGGCUGGACCUGGGAGGGGCAACCGUUCCAGGGGAAGGUGUUUCUGAAUAGUGACGAUCCACCGGUGCUACGAACUUGUUAUCCGGCGAUGCGACAUUCCGAAGGAGACACCAUAAGGCCGCGAGACUGUGUUCUACUGAGGGCCGGAAGUAAACGCGCCGAGUUGCCGUACGUGGCCAAGGUGGCGCAUCUGUGGGAGAAUCCGGAAGAUGGUGAAAUGAUGAUGUCGCUUCUGUGGUACUACCGACCGGAACACACGGAACAGGGCCGACAGCCGAUCGAUGGACCAGAUGAGGUGUUUGCUUCGCGCCACAAGGAUCACAACAGCGUGGCGUGCAUCGAGGACAAGUGCUACGUUCUAACUUUCAGCGAGUACUGCAGAUUCCGUCGCCAGCUGAAAGGCUUCGAGGAAGGCAUCGAGGAACAUCCGUCGAUAGUUCCGCCCCUCCGGCGGGAAAAUCCUCGCGUUCCGUCAUCGGUGGUUGCACCCGAUCUGGUCAUGUACUGUCAGCGAGUAUACGAGUUCCGGCUGAAGCGGCUCCUGAAGCAACCCUCCUAGUGUCGGAAGCUGGUGGUAGAGCGCCGCCGGCCAACAAUAGUUCCAGUGAAACAGGCGCUCUCCACCGUGGAACAAACCGUUCCUGAGCAUGCGACAGCCAACAGUAGUGCAACAGUGACAGCCACCGCUGAAACAACAACAACAACAGCAACAAUCAAAUCACAUAUCCGCAGAUGAAUCACUUCAGCGUCAAAUCUUGGGCACACCGGAGGAUUCUAUCCGGAGGGCAAAUCUCUUCCACAGCAUGCACAAACAGUGUCAUCAAAUUUACGAGAGAGGAUCGCGCGUCAACACAAAUGACACUCACUCACACACAACAUUUAAAGCGUACAUGUUUGGUAAAUGUAUAACGUGGUGUAACAAUGUACUUUUCCGAAUUCUAGUCCAGGGAUGUGCGAAACAAUCCAUAUAAACUAUAUUGAAACAACACGGAGACAUUAAGAGCAGUAAGCAGUUAACCAAAAUCAAGGCAGAAGCGGGAGGUUAUGUUUGCCUGUUGACACAUUUUAGGGAAAUCAACACAGCAACCUAUUCUCAGAGUUUAGAAAAAAAGCAACUCCAAAUGAAAGUAAACAAACAUAUAAACAUACAAACACAGACAGACAGCGUGAACUAAACGUACUUUACACACUUUUAUUUUUUGCUACACUAUUUAUAUUGAAACAUUAUUGUUCCCGAUCUAUUUUUGCUAUUGUAUAGUUUCCAGUUUACUUUGUAUAUUCAGUUCUCGAUUUAUACACUCAACAAAGCAAACGCUAAUAUAUUUCCUUAUAUUUUCUAUUUUUUGUUAUCGUUUCAUGGUUAAUAAUAUUAUUUGUAAAUAAAUACUAGUUGUUUAUUAAUCAAGCAUGAACUGGAAUGAAGCGAAAUCAAAAUCUAUUCUAAAAGGUAAACAAAACAGUCACUACUAGGCAAAAACCCAAAAAUACACUAAAACUUUUGAACCAUAUUUAACGUUAGCAAAAGCGAAAUCAAGGCAAUUUAGGACAACUGAAACUGUAUAACACUAACCAAACGUCACGUAAAGAAAAGCAUCAUCAAUGGAAGCGAAUGUUAGGCAACAAGAUUUCAAUUCAAUAAGGGAUUAUUUAGUAAUGCACAGUGACAGAAUGACUGCACUGAUUUUUGUUUUCGUUCGGAAAGCUGCGCACAAACAGUCAGAAAAUAGGCAAACAUUUAUUUUUCCAGUGAAAUGUGCUUCAAAUUGUUUGCAUACAACAAACCUGAUAUUAUUGAGCAGUGCGAAAAAUUGCGAGGCGAAACUUCCUUUAUUUAUACUGGCAACACUGUUGCGGCUGUCAAACAGUACACGGAAAACCAAAUCUAGGAAAAAAUAUUGCAAUUUUAACCAUGAACAGUGUUGAAAAGUCGCGCUUUUAAAGAAAAUUCACGUGUUGUCGUGCUGCUUUUCGUGAGUAGAAGUUGAACUAUAAGAACCGGAAAUAAGAGUUAGGAGUAAUUUGAUUCGAAAUUCCUAUGUUAGUUGAAUUUACCCUUCAGCAGUUGAAUGCGAACGCAGGAGCAACACAAAUAGUUAAUGUGAAUUAAAUUAAUUGUCACGCAAACACAGUUAUAAGCCAUUUUUAGCCAGAUGAUGAAGCGCAAAAUUACAUCCACGCAGUUACACCAUACACUAACAACACAUUAAUCAAUUGUUAUCGCUACUACAUACUGGGUAAUGAGUAUCAGUACCUUAUUAUUUGAAUUGUAUGCAGCAAGAGGAAGGAGUAAACUUCUCGAGAAGAAAACUAAGUAUAAUGAAAACAAAUAUUAUUACUAUUAUUAUAUAUAAAAAUCAAACAAGAAUAUAUACAAUUAUACAGUAUGGAAACAAGAAUUAAGAGAAAAAUAAACAGCAGCAACAGCAACAACAACAAUGAGGUGUAAGUAGAAUAGGUUAAACAACAAGAAACAAUUCUAAUGAAACGAUACAAUCCUCUCUGUACACGGGGCAGUGUUGGUCUAUGACUGACACUAGCUCUGCAUACCUAAGAACCCCUCCCUCCCGUCCUCACGGUUUAUCCUCAACCAGCCCCACAGUUGUUAAAUUGACUGUUUUUGUCAGAUUUAAUUGUCAUAUUUGCUGUUUUUCAUCUAAAAUCCUUAAAUUUUAACAUUUACAGAUGCAAAGAAGUUUUAAAAACAUUUCUAUUCUGCUUCUGAUGGACUUAUCCAUCGAUGAACCGAAUUGGCUUCUUUAACGAUGUUGAGAUUCUGAAUCUCUAUGUCAAACUGAGCUGAAAUCCAAAUUUUCAUGAGUUUUGGAGCCCGGGAACCUAUUUAAAAAUCAAUUUGAAGUUUGUAUGGGGACAAUUUGUCGAAUAACCCCUCGUCGCAGUUUGUACUGGGCGGAGCUGUCAAACAGUUUCCCAGCUGUCAAAAGGUGAUUUCAAAAAAUUGAUUUUAAAUACCAAAAUAAGGUUCUAAAAAUCUGAAAAAAAUCAUAGUGGCCCAGAAAAAGGUGCUCUUUCGUAUAAAAACAAAAAAUCAAUACACUUUUCAUAAUUUAAAAGCCCAAUUCAUCGCGGUCCGAGAUUUUGACACUAGAGCGGGGCCGUUUCCAAUCAGAAUUGAACGAUUGCCAAUCAGAAUUCACUCGGUUUGAGGAUUUCGACACUAGAGCGAGGUCAUUUCCAUUCAGAAUCGUCCAAUUCUUAUUGGAAACAGUCCCGCUCUAGUGUCAAAAUUCUCGGACUGAGUGAAUUCGUUCUUCGGUGGAUAAGUCCAUAUGUUCAUUUGGUUCCUUAUGUGAGAUUCUGAUUGACGUUUACAAAGAUAAACAUAUAAUAUAGCGGUUAGAUCUGUCAGAAACAGUGGGCGUUUAGUUUCCCUUCCAGCACUCCUCCGACAAAAAAUGACCCAUAAAUUAAUCACUCGGAAAAAAAUAAAAUAAAAAUCACUUAUAGGAAAAAUUGGAACCUAGAAAUUUAGGUCAUGGCUAAAUAGCAGUAGAUACGAAAGUUUGGAAUACCGCGUUUGGAACGAUUAAAAAUCAACCGGAAAGUAAAAGUAAUCAACGACACAGCAUCAUAAUCCCACAUUACACGAACAAUCCAUUAACAUUUUCCCAGAACCCUCAAGAAGGACCCCCGCACAAUCCAAGCGACUCAACUGUCAAAUCCGACGCGAACCUACACUUUUCAUGUUCCAGCCAGGCUAUACCUGCGCAGUUAUUGGUUCAGUUAUUACCACGUGUUUUACCACACAUCGAUUACAUUCUCCUCCCUCUCAGUGACGUAGACACACACACAUUAAGUAAUUUCAGCUGUAUUUGUACCGUGUACCAUAUAGGUUUAUCUUGAAAUGCUAGGUUUAAUAUCAGUUGUUGCUAAAUAAGGUUGCUUUUAGUAUGUACAGUUGCAGUAAGUUUCUCACUCUACUUGUUUCCCUCCUACAUACCUAUACGGAUAAUAUUUACUUGCAAUAAGGUUUUGCGUACGUUUACCGACCUAUGGUAUCCUACUGUGUAAGACAAAAACAUAAGUUUCCUUUGUAAAAAUAAACUAACUAUCGUUUCUUCUUUUGUUAAGAAAAGCUACACAAGUAUUGACAGAAACAACAAACAUACGAUCGUAACGAGAAAGGCUUUAGCGUACGGAACAAAACAAAUUAACACAAUGAGUAAAAAUAAGGUUAGGAAAGCCUUAAUCAGUAAAUGGCGGCUGAAAUGGACAAGGCCAAAGUGUGCGGUGCUGUUGAAUGAAACUCAACAUGUCACCGUAGAUGAUUACAUAUGCAUACACACAGACACAGAAACACACAAACAUACAAAAAACCAGAAAACAUAUGUGGCAAGUCUAAUUGGAAAAAAUAUACCAUGAACAAAAUUAGA